CUUAUCCACAUGGAUCAUCUCUGAAGAGUUGCAGACCCACUGAAUACUAAAGCAAACCUUUCUUCUAUGUGAGCCAUAAAAAGAAAACCUGAAAAACACCUGUAAAGUGACGGCUAUCAUCAUAUGGGAAUUAGAAAAACUGCUACAUGAAAUAUUAAUGAUUGAAAUGGGAAAUAAUCAGCUGUUGUGAUGUCCCAGAAGGCCUUAUAACAGAGUAAACAAAGGGGGAAAAUUAUAACAGCUUGUUAUCUGUGCUUGCACACUUAGACUUCCAUGUCAUUACUGUAGACAAAUCCAAAGCAAACAUGCAGAUAGUUCUUUGAAAAUCAUGUGUAGAGGUUCAUACCUUUACAGUAAGGAGGGGGUUAUUUUAUUGUCAGUCUCUUUAACCCAUUGAUGGUUAAUCUUUAAGAAAGAGCAGUAGUUGAUUGUAAAUUUAGGUUUUGAACUACCAUUUGGCAAAUAAACUUUCUCUGAGAAGAAAAAUGCCUGCUAAUAACACAUGUGAUGGGCCAGAUGGAUACAAUACAGAUUUUCGAUACUUUAUCUAUGCAGUGACAUACACUGUCAUUCUUGUGCCAGGUCUCAUAGGAAACAUAUUAGCCUUGUGGAUAUUUUAUGGCUAUAUGAAAGAAACCAAACGAGCAGUGAUAUUCAUGAUAAACUUAGCCAUUGCUGACUUACUACAAGUUCUCUCCCUGCCACUGAGGAUCUUUUAUUACUUGAAUCAUGACUGGCCAUUUGGGCCUGGUCUCUGCAUGUUCUGUUUCUACCUGAAGUAUGUCAACAUGUAUGCAAGCAUCUAUUUUUUGGUCUGCAUCAGUGUGCGACGAUUUUGGUUUCUCAUGUACCCCUUUCGCUUCCAUGACUGCAAACAGAAAUAUGACCUAUACAUAAGCAUUGCUGGAUGGCUGAUCAUCUGCCUUGCCUGUCUGCUCUUUCCUCUCCUGAGAAUAAGUGAUGACACCCCAGGCAACAGAACCAAAUGCUUUGUAGAUCUUCCUACCAGGGAUGUCAGUCUGGCCCAGUCUGUUGCCAUGGUGACCAUUGGCGAGUUGAUUGGGUUUGUUACUCCUCUUCUGAUUGUCCUAUAUUGCACCUGGAAGGCUGUUUUAUCACUGCAAGAUAAAUAUCCUGUGGCCCAAGACCUUGGAGAAAAAAAGAAAGCCUUGAAGAUGAUUCUAACCUGUGCAGGAGUGUUUUUAAUUUGCUUUGCACCUUAUCACUUCAGUUUUCCUUUAGAUUUCUUGGUCAAGUCCAAUGAAAUUAAAAGCUGCUUAGCCAGAAGGGUGAUUCUGAUAUUUCAUUCUGUUGCCCUGUGUCUUGCUAGUCUGAAUUCUUGCCUUGACCCAAUCAUAUAUUACUUCACCACUAAUGAGUUCAGAAGACGGCUUUCAAGACAAGAUUUGCAAGAUAGCAUCCAACUCCAUGUGAAAUCCUCUGUAAGCCAACAUACUACUUCUACCCUGACAACUGAAUUAUGCUAAAUGACUGUGGCCUGAAAUGAAUAUAUAUAUAUUCAGAAUAUCAGAACACAUUUCUAAUACUCCAAGCUACUGGGAAGUAAUCACCAGAGGCACUAAGAAUUUUUUAGUUACACUCUGUCUUACCUAUAUGAGAUAUUCACAUCUUUAUAAUAGAACCUAUUUAGAGCAUUAUACUCUACCAUCAUUAAUGUUGACAUGUCCAUGUAGUAAUUUGUCACCAAGUCUUUAAGAAUUGAACUAUAAAAUUUCAGUGUGUAUAAACUUAUACACAUAUGCUCUCAAUUAGAGUCAGCAGGUUUAUCUAUGAACCUCAAACACAAAGAGGUGAUUGCCUUGGUGUCAUCAUAAGCACUUAGUUUGGGCACUGAGUACUUAGAGUCAGUGUAGUUAUCUACAGGGUGUCCCAAAAAUGUAUAUGUACUUUAACAGCUGAUUUGUCUUUAAAAUGAAAUGCAUUUUAAUAAACACUGCCUUUAUAAUCAUUCACAGUGAAUGUAUACAUUUAUGGGAUACCCUAUAUUUAUACUGGUAAUUUCAGUUUAUAUUCCAAUAUUGUAUUUUGGUUAUAUAUUAAGUAUGAUGGACCAUAUAUUAUUCUGUGAAAAUAAAGUGCUAUAAACAUGGGAUCAUUUCUAUCUCCUGUGUAUGAUUACACUCUAGCAUUUGAAGACUCAAAUAGCUAUUUCCUUCAUUUUGGUGUCAAUAUGAAACAUCAUCUGUCACACCUGUUCAUAGAAUGAAAAUCUGAACUUGGGUCUUUGGUAUGUUAAAAGUAAGGACAAGAAACAUUCAAAUAAAAUAACUUUCUAUUGCUAUAUAAGCUUCCAUAUUGAAUCUACUCAGGGAAGAUAGCUUGCCAAAGUUCAUACAGUGUGACUCAAAUUGCAUCUAUAUGUCCAGGAGGCAGCAGACAGGUGGCAAUUACAGACAUUUUUAUAACUAUUUACAAAGAACAUCUGGAGAUUAAUAAACCUGCCUAGCAAGAGAGAUUCCACUAUGCUUCCAGAGUGAUGUUGAGGUACCUCUGAUAGGUUACUAUAUUUUCUGAGCCUAUGGAAAAAGUAGGGUACUAAUUAAUCACUAAGCUUAGGCCAGAACAAGAAGAUGAAGUAGAUUUGGGUACACCUCUUAACACUUCACCACAUUGUAUUUCUUACUUUAAGAUAGUUGGCAACCUUUAAGCCACAUUCACAUGCCAGAGUAGGGUUUGGAAACAGCCAGGCAUGUGGAUUCUAGUCUUCAGUAAUUUGUUUGAUCUAGCUUUACCUCAGACAUACCAUUCUGAGGUCUAUACAGGUUACCUCCUUUCAGCUAGAGAAGUCAACUCUUUCACCUUUAAAAAAAGUGCAUAAGAUUAAUUUUAACACCAUUGGACACCCAUUACAAUGCCUUGCCUGCUACCUGUUUGGUAUAAUAUUCAGGAAAUAAAUGCAGGAUAUGAAUAGUAAUUAAACCUGAGGUCUAAAUAUUACAAUACUUGCAAAAACUUCUAAAUUUAAAAAAUGCUCAACUCAAAAUAUGUAUGAUACUAGUAUGUUUGGUGGGGGUAACUACUGGAAUCAAAAUUAAUUAUAAUAUCUGAAAUGAAUAGAAAAUUUUCUAAAGUUUUAUCUGGACAAGUGUUAAUUUUGUUUGUUCUUUGUUAUUAAAAUAAUACCCUAUUAGAAGACUGACUUUGUGCUGCUAGCUGCAGUGUA